GCCUUGUUUGGGUGUCGAGGACUGCUUUCUGGAACCACGAAACCAUGUAGUGUUUUCAAAAGUUACAGGUAAACAGCUGUGUGAAGAGUGAUGAGCAUGUCCUGGAGGAGCUGGAAACAGAAGGGGAGAGGCAGCUGAAAAGCCUCCUUCAACAUCAGCUUGAUACUUCUGUCUCCAUUGAAGAAUGUGUCUCUAAGAAAGAGAGCUUUGCCCCUGGUACUAUGUAUAAGCCCUUUGGAAAGGAAGCAGCUGGGACUAUGACUUUGUCCCAGUUCCAGACACUGCAUGAAAAGGACCAGGAAACUGCCUCUCUCAGGGAACUAGGACUCAAUGAAACAGAAAUAUUAAUCUGGAAGAGCCAUGUUUCAGGUGAAAAGAGGACAAGACUGAGGGCAACUCCUGAAGCAAUACAGAACCGUCUUCAAGAUAUUGAAGAAAGGAUCUCUGAACGUCAGCGUAUUCUUUGCCUGCCACAAAGAUUUUCAAAGAGCAAACAACUGACCCGGCGAGAAAUGGAAAUAGAAAAGUCUUUAUUUCAGGGAGCUGAUCGUCACUCCUUUCUUAAGGCUCUUUAUUACCAAGCAUACCACAAAAAGACAAGUGCAGACAAGUACAUGACCUCAAUGAAGAGGAAGAUAAAAUUAGGCACAAAAGAUGAACCCCAAAAGAAGAACAAAGGUGAUCCCAUGAACAACCUGGAAUGUUUUUACCAAGAGAUGAUAAUGAAAAAACGUCUUGAAGAGUUCCAACUUAUGAGAGGUGAACCCUUUGCUUCCCACUCACUGGUCUCAGCCACAUCAGUGGGUGAUAGUGACACAGCUGAGAACCCGUCAUUACUCCAGGACAAGGGAAAACAGGCAGCACAGGGUAAAGGUCCCAGUCUCCAUGUGACAAAAGUUAUUGAUUUUUCACCUGAGCAGUGUUGGACUGGGCCUAAGAAGCUGACGCAGCCAAUAGAAUUUGUCCCAGAAGAUGAGAUCCAGAGAAAUCGUUUGUCAGAGGAAGAGAUCCGAGAAAUUCCUAUGUUUUCUUCAUAUAAUCCAGGGGAACCAAACAAGGUGUUAUACCUGAAGAAUCUUAGCCCUCGGGUGACUGAAAGAGAUCUUGUGUCAUUAUUCGCUCGGUUCCAAGAGAAAAAGGGACCUCCAAUUCAAUUCCAAAUGAUGACUGGACGAAUGAGGGGACAGGCUUUCAUCACAUUUCCUAAUGAGGAGAUAGCACAUCAAGCAUUGCAUCUAGUAAAUGGAUAUAAACUGCAUGGGAAAAUAUUGGUGAUAGAGUUUGGAAAGAAUAAAAAACAACAGUCAGAUCUCCAGGCUACUUCUCCCAUAUCAUGUACUACACCUAGUAGUACAGAAAUCAGUGGUAGCUAGGGAAAAUAUAUAUAUAGUGGGUCCUGGAUAAUAUUUCUUGCAUUAGAAUCUUGGAUUAUAGAUUUGCAUAUACAUAGAAAUUUGUUUGGAGUUGAAGAGUAUAAAUUAACUGAGAGAAGAAAACAGUAAUUAGGACAAUGCCUUUCAGCUUUCAGAGAGAAUUAGUAGAAAACAUUUUUUAAAAUUAGAGACUCCCUAGGACAGAAAAUAUCCUGAGUAUUAAGAGUAAUAUACAAAGAGUAUUAUUUUUAUGAUAAAUUUCAUAGAAUUUUUCCUGAGGAUUUUAUAAAAUCUCUAUCAUUUUCUGAUGUUUUUAAUAUUUACCCCUAGAGAUAACAUUCUUUCCAGGACUGCCUCCUUUAUACAAAACUUUAAACCUGAUUAAACUUUGAAAUAUUUAUUUACUAGAGUCUACUUUUCCCUAAUUUUAUCCACCUAGUAAACAAUAGAACAGGCCCCCCAGGCCUCAGAUCAACAAACACUGUUGGGUCAGAAUUGUCAGCAGUAAAAGUAGGUAGUUUCAUAAUACAUACAACAUAAUACAGUCAUAAUACAGUCAACAUGCUUAAUGAAUUCUUCCUCACUAAGUUAUCAGAGUCUUCCAAAAGCUAUAUAUUUUUUCUAAUGAAAUCUUUUUAAACCAAAAUAUUGGUGUUUUCAUGGCCAUUUAAGCUAGAUACAAUUGAGCAAUCUUUGACUUCACCACAAUAAACAUUAAGUGUCUAGUACUUGUUAAAUACAAGGUUUAUGCAUUUUAGAACAGGAAUAUACUAGCAAAGAAUUCUAAGGGGAUAUGGAAAUAGAGAGUUCUCUGGAGGAGAAGUAGUCUGUCUCAAAUCCCCUAGUUGUUUGUUUAUUGUUGCUGAAUAAUAGAAAGACAAUGGGGCUUUGAGGAAGUAGUACUAACUUGGGGAUCAAACCUGUGAACCUCACAGCCACACUUAACACCUUGUACUUGGCAAGUCACUUUAUGAGCCUCAGUAUUCUCAUCUAUAAAGUGAGGAUAAUAAUGCUUCUUACCUCAUUUGGGUUGUGGGCAUUAAGUGAGAUAUUUCUAUCUAAGGUGAAGAACAGAAAUAAAACAGAAUGGAUAAAAUUGAAGAGAGUAUAGGCCUUGUGAGACACCAUAAGCACUCCCAACAUACAGGUAAUGGGAGUGCCAGAAGAAAAGAGAAUGAAAGAAGGAGAAAAACACUCCAAGAAAUAAUAACUGUAAGUGCUUCAAAUUUGUUGAGAAACAUUAAUUUACACAUUGCAGAGCCUCAGAAAACCCCAAGUAGGAUAAACAAAACAAAACUACAGAUACAUCCUAAUGAAAAUACCAAAAUCCAGAGACAGAAAAUCUUGAGAGUAGCACAAAGAAAAUGAACUAUCACUUAUCAGGGAACCCCAGUAAGAUUAACAACUGACUUCUCAACAGAAACAUUGCUGGUGGCAAUCAGAUAACAUAUUCAAAGUACUCAAAGGAAGUAACUCUUGACCAGAAUCCUGUAUACAACAAAACUAUUUUUUAAAAAUGAAGGUGAAAUAAAAUAUGCACUUGUAACAGAAACCAGAGAAUUUGUUACAGGCAAACCUCAUAGAAAAUAUUAAAGGAAGUUCUUCAGGCUGAAAGCAAGUGUACUCAGACUUUAUUUGAAUAUGCAAACAAAUUAAAAGAUCAUCAACAAAGGUAAAUAUGUAAUUAUAAAAGGCAAUCUAAAUCUAUUUUUCCUUUAUUAAUUUUAAAAUAGUGGUAUAAAGCAGCAUGUGUAUAGUUGCAUUGUUUUGUUUUUAGCAUAAAACAUAUAAUAUGUUUUCCAAUAACAGAACAAAUAAGGCAGAUGGAAAUAAUGCUGUGUUUUAUUGAAGAAAAGACUCGAUGGUAGCUCAAAUCCACAGGAACAAAUUAAAAAACAAGGAGAAAAAAAAAGGUAGUAUAAAAAAGCUGUAAAUAGACUUGCUUUUCUUCUGUCAACUUUGUUAAAAGACAUAAAAUUAUGUUAAGUAAUGAUUAUAAUGUAUUAUGGGGUUUAUAAUGUGAAAAUAAUACAUAGGACUAUCAUACCACAAAAACUGGGGGAGAGAAAUGGGUUUAUAUAGGAAUAAUAUUUCUAUAUAUCACUGACAUUAACUUAAUGUAUAUCUUUAGUCAAUACGGUUUAGUUAAAGUAUGUAUGGUAAGCCCUGGAACAACCACUGAGGAAAUAGCUUUUAAAAAAAUGAAAUAUUAAAUUUAAAUGUCAUAUUAGAAAAUAAUAUAAAAGGCAAAAAGAGGAAAGGAGAAACAAACAAAAGUUGAAACAGAUAGAAAACAAACAGUAAAAUGACUUUCAUAAGUCCACCCAUACCAAUAGUAGCAUUAAAUGUGAAUGGUUUAAACAGUCUAAACAAGAAGUGAAGAUUGUCGCACUAGGGGAAAAAAGCAAAUUCAACACUUUGUUGUUUAUCAGAGACACUAAGAAUUUGUACAGAAAACUGUGCAACUCACAAAUAUGUGGAAACUAGUCAUGCUUUUAAAUGACCAAUAGGUCAAAGAAGAAAACAAUGGAGAAAUAUCAAUGAAACCAGACCAAAAGUUAGUUUAAUAAGAAGAUCAAGAAAACUGACAAAACUUAUGCUAGAUUUAUCAGGAAAUAAAGGACUUAAAUUACUAGAAUCAAAAAUGAAGGAGAAAAUUUUAGAAAUAAAAAUAUUGGAAAACAAUCAUGCAAGCAGCAACCAUAAGAAAGUAUAGUGGCUAUACAAAUAUUCAGCAAAAUGGACUUUAAAACAAAAAAUGUAACUAGAGGUAGAGUUAUAUUUAAUAAUGAUGAAAGUUUCACUCCUUCAGGAAGAUGUAACAGUUAUAUUGUACCUAAGAACAGAACUCAAAAAUACAUGAAACAAAAACUGAGAUAAAUGGGAGAAAGAUAUCUACAAAAAAGUUGGAGUAUUUAAUAACCCCAUUUUCAAUUAGAAGAACUUGAUAGAUGAUCAUCAAGGAAGUAGAAGACUUGAACAACAUGAUAAGCCAAAUAGAUCUAAAGGACAUCUAUAGAACAUUCUACAUUCUACAACAGCAUCACAAUACAUGGUCUUCUCAGAUGCAUAUGAAUCAUUUUAGGAUAGAUCAUAAACCAUAAAACAAGUCUUAAUAAAUACAAGUGGACUAAAAUCAUGUAAAGUAUGUUCUCUGAUCACGUGGAAUAGAGUCAGAAACCAGUAACAGACAACUGUGAAAUUUAUAAUUAUGUGGAAAUUAGGCACACUUUAAUAACCAAUAGUUAAAAGAAAAAAUCACAAGGGAAAUUAGAAAAUCCUUUAAGAUGAAUGGAAAUGAAGACAACAUUCCAAAACUUAUGGGAUGCAGCUUAAGCAAUGCUUAGAGAGAAAUACAUAGGUAUAGACCUAGUUAAAGAGAAAAAAAUCACAUAAAAAAACCUUUCUUUAUACCUUAAGACCCCAGGAAAAGAAGAGCAAACUAAAUAUAGAACAAACAAGGUGGAAACAUAAAAAUUUAGAUGAAAAGUAAACCACAUUGAUGACAGAAAACAGUACAGAAAAAUCAAUGAAACCAAAUCAAAAGUUAGUUCAGUAAAAAAAGAUCAAAACUGGCAAACCUUUUGCUACAUGUAUCAGGAGAUAAAGGAGAAUCAAAUUACUAGAAUCAAAACUGAAGGAGAAAAUAUUACUACUGACUUUGUAGAAAUAAAAAAGGAUUAUGAAGGAAUUCUAUGAACAAAUACAUGUCAAUAAGUUAACCUAGAUGAAAUGGACAAAUAUAUAGAAAACCACAAAUUACCAAAACCAACUCAAAAAGGAAAAUCUGAACUGCCCUAAUAACAAUUAAAUAGGUUAAAUGAGUAAGGAAAAAAAAUAUCCACAAUGAAAAGCUCAGAUUCAAAUUGCUUUUUAGAUGAAUACUGCCAAAACUUUAAAGAAGAAUUAAUACAAUUUCCUCAGUAUACUCAUCCAAACAGUAGAAGAGCAGGGAGCACUUCUGACACAUGCAGGACCCCUGAGAAUGUGUUCAGUAAAGGAAACCAGUCACCAAUGACUUAUAUUUAUAUGAAGUGUCCAGAAUUGGCAAAUAUAUAGUGACAGAGGAUUAGUGGUGUUUUUGAGUUGAGGUGGGAGGGAAGAAAUGGAAAUGGCUAGGGAUUAAAGCUCAAGUAUAUGAGGUUUCUUUAGAGGUUGAUUAAAAUGUUCCAAAAUUGUGUUGAUUAUAGCACAACAUUAUGAAUUAUACUGAAAACUAUGACCUAUGUACUUUAAGUGGGUUAGUUAUAUGUGAACUAUAUCUCAAUACAGCUGUCACAAAAAUAGGAAGUUGGAUAUCACCCAAAUAUCCAUCAGUAGGAAAAUGUGUAAAUAACAUGGCACAUACACUUAAUGUAAUACUAUGCAGCCAUUUAGAUAUUGGACUAUAUCUAUGAAUAUAUUCUGACCUAUGCUCAUAUCCAAGAUUUUGUAUUAAGUUAAAAAGUUAGAUGCAGAAAUAUGCAUAGUGUUAAUACAAUUUUAAGCUAAAGUAUUUAUAUAUAUGGUAUAUGUAUAUAUAGAUAUUUCAAAAUUAAUUUAGGAAAAGGCUGGGAAAUAUAUAUACCAAAUUGAAACCUUUGGGAAAUAAAAUUGGAUAGUGAAAAUAGGUUUCAGUUCGUAAAAUUUUUGAAAUGAUGUGAUUUGAACUGUUUUUACUUCUUUCAGUAUUUUUAAAUUAAAAUUAAAUACUCUUGCAAUUACUUGGCUUCCAGCAUAUUUGUCAGACCCAUUAUGAAGAUAUCAUCUGACUUUACUCAGGACAAACUUCUAUUCCUCUGAUAGACUGUUCACUUAGAAUUAACUCUCCAAUUUUAAAUAUAAUUUAAGUGAUAGGUAAUAAGUUAUCCUGGUAUAGCCUCUUGCACAUGUAACCCAGGAACUUACUUCUCAGCUGAACUUUCUGAAAGGAUCUGCUUCCUGUUGGGUGAAAAAUCUCACCUCUGCUUGUUACUAGACCACAGCCUAUUAACAGUGGAGGAAAGUAAAUCUGGAGGAUAUAUUUCAACUGGUGCAUCAAUACAGAAACUAAUAUAUCCAGACAAAGAAAUUCUAUGCAGCAAUAAAAACUAGUGAAUCAUACAUGCAACAACUUGGAAUGAAUCUUCAAUGCAUUUUGCUAAGUAGAAUAAUCCAAACUCAAAAGGCUACUACUGUUUGAUUUCAUUUGAACAUUUUCCGGAAAAGCAAAAUAAAUAGGGAUAGAGAAAAAUAUCAGUGGGUAUCAGGGGACAAAGAUAUAGUACUCCUUAACUAUAAAGUGGUAACAAUAAUGGAGAUUUCCUGUAUCUUGAUUGUAGUUGAGUGUGUGCAUUUGUCAAAAUUUAGAAUUGUAUGCCAAAAGAAUGAGUUGCUGUAUGUAAAUUUUUAAAUAAAUGUAUUUAUAAUGGAGGA